CAACUGUCAUAACAAACCACCAGCGCCAUUUGUUUACAUUGAAUUUUUAGGGGUUGUUUCGUAGAAAAAUAAGGUCCUCGUCCGGAAUUAAGCAAAACUUACCCCAACACCAUGAACGUGAUACAAUCCAACAUCUCCACCACAAUCAGGAGUUUCAAUAUUUCCGACGAUAUUCGAAUAGAGGUAAAGAAGUUCCGCACCAAUGCAAGCAUCGACGAGGUGGAUAUUGAGGACGACGAGGAUGAUAUUUCCGUCAUACAGAAGAUUCACAAAACGUUCGCCGAUCCGCACAGUACGACAUUCGAUCCGGCUACACUGAAAUCGAUCAUCGCACGGCUGGAUGACAUUGAGAAGAAGUUGGAAAACAUAGUAUACAUGAACCAGCAGGCAGAUUCGCUUGAAGCGGCCGCACGACAGCAGCAAGCCGGAAUGGUAAAUCUGCCACAAUCCACCGGCGGAGUUAUUGUUGGCAGCAGUGGGGAUGAAGGAUUGGAGCUGAAGCUGGAAUCUCUCGAUUCCGACAGCGAGCUGAUCGGAGAAUUCAUCGAGCAGGAUGAACUGAAGCUGGUCGAGUUCCCCAUCAACCGGAUCGAGGAACUGAAAGAGCUGGAAGAAUCCAUCACGACCGACCAGGAGUCAUUUGUGUCGUUUGUCAACUUUAUCGGCGCCACCGUGCAGAAGUACAACCGGAAUCUGGAACUCGUGCUGAAAGAUUUCAUCACAGAAUCGUUAAUCAAUGAGCUCGGCUACAGCACGACCAAAGAAUCGAUGCUGUCGUUCUACAUCUUCAACCAGUUGCUUUACGACAUCUGGAAAAAUGAAUACUCCACCAUUAAUGACUACAACAAUAAGCUGAAGAAUAUCGUCAUAAAGACACAGAAUCGAUUUUUGCGAAUGAACAAAAACAAGAAAUAAAACAAUAAAGCGUAUAGGUACUUACAAUUUA